CUGAUUGAGGGAGGUCCCCGCUGCUUCCCGCUAUGGAGUCUACAUUCAGCAGCCCCGAGGAGGCGGCGCUGCAGCGAGAGGCGGGCGCUGCCGGGCUGCGCACUCCUCUUGGGGACCUGGACCGAGUGUAUGAGCUGGAGCGAGUCGUUGGAUUUGUCCGCGACCUGGGGUGUCAACGGGUGGCCUUGCAGUUCCCUGAUCAGCUAUUGGGAGAUGCUGGGGCUGUGGCUGCACGACUGGAGGAGGCCACAGGGUCGAAGGUGUUCAUUCUGGGAGACACAGCCUAUGGCAGCUGCUGUGUGGAUGUACUGGGUGCUGAGCAAGCUGGAGCUCAGGCCCUUGUACAUUUUGGCCCUGCCUGCUUAAGCCCUCCUGCCCGCCCACUGCCCGUUGCCUUCGUCCUUGGUCAGCGAUCUGUGGCCUUGGAGCUCUGCGCUAAGGCCUUCGAGGCCCAGAACCCAGACCCUGCAGCGCCUGUGGUGCUGCUGAGUGAGCCGGCCUGUGCCCACGCCCUGGAGGCCUUGGCCACCCUUCUGCGUCCACGGUACCUGGACCUGCUUGUCUCCAGCCCAGCUCUUCCCCUACCAGUGGGCUCCUUCAAUCCAGAUCCUGAGCCCCUGGAGCGUUUUGGGCGCCGCUUCCCCCUGGCUCCAGGGAGGUGUUUGGAAGAGUAUGGUGCCUUCUAUGUGGGGGGCUCUGACGCCACCUCUGACCCUGACCUUGACCCAGACCUGAGCCGGCUGCUCUUGGGCUGGGCGCCAGGGCGGCCCUUCUCCUCCUGCUGCCCAGACACAGGGUGGACUCAGGAUGAAGGUGUCCGGGCUUGGCGGCUAAGAGCACGUAGAUGCUAUCUGGUAGAGAGGGCCAGAGAUGCCCGUGUGGUGGGGCUGCUGGCGGGCACGUUGGGUGUGGCCCGACACCGUGAGGCACUGGCACACUUGCGGAACCUGAUACAGGCUGCUGGCAAGCGUAGCUAUGUGUUGGCCCUGGGGCGACCCACGCCUGCCAAGCUUGCCAACUUCCCUGAGGUGGAUGUCUUUGUGCUGGUGGCCUGUCCUCUGGGUGCCCUAGCCACCCACCCUUCUGGCAGCUUCUUCCGGCCUGUAUUGGCACCGUGUGAGCUGGAGGCUGCCUGCAACCCUGCAUGGCCACCUCCAGGCCUGGCUCCCCACCUCACACAUUACGCAGACUUAUUGCCUGGCUCUCCCUUCCACGUGCCCCUCCCUCCACCUGACUCGGAGCUGUGGGAUACCCCAGAUGUGUCACUCAUUACUGGGGACCUCCGACCCCCACUUGCCUGGAAGCCAUCAACUGAUCCUGGAUGCUCAGCCCUAACCCCGAGGCCCCAGCUGGAGCUGGCUGAGAGCAGCCCUGCAGGUGAGUGUGGCAAGUCUCCACUCCCAUCUGAAUUCUUCCCCCAUGUUCAGGCCACUCAGCCUCAACCCCCUCCCUCUGCAGCCUCAUUCCUUAGUUCCCGGAGCUGGCAGGGACUGCAACCCUGCCUGGGUCAGACGCCGGUGACGGCAGCUGUGAGCGGAAGACGAGGGAUUGCCAUCGCCUACGAGGAUGAGGGAAGCAGCUGAUACCACGUGGGGCCAGAGCCACAGGUGGACUUAAGACCUUUAGUGCUCCCUGCACCAACCCCACUCUUCUGCCAGGAUCCUUGAAGGAGCCUCUCACUGAGGCAGCCCCUCACUGGGGAUAGGAUUCAGCUCUUCUUGUCCUGUCCUGGCACUGGCACAAGGCUUAGCACAUAUUGGCUUAGUAAAUAUCUGUUGUUUGACUGAUGGGGAAACAACUUUGGGUCUUCCCUGAAGCCUUCUGGGCCAUCUGUUCUCCUGGGAACAGCACAAGACAUUUGAGGGUCUGCCUUUGUUAAAGGCAGGUGCUAAAUGCUUUAGACCAUGGUUUCUCAAUCUUGGCACUAUUGACACUUUGGGCCAGAUAAUUAUUUGCUGUGAGGGGCUGUCCUGGGCAUUGUAGGAUGUUUAGCAUCAUCUCUGGUUUCUGCCUAGUAGGUUCCGGUAGCAUGCCCCUCCCCAGUUGUGAUGACCAGAAAUGUCUCCAGAUGUUGGCAAAUGUCCCCUAUGGGGGCAAAAGCGUCCCCAGUUGAGAACCACUUGUCUGCACCUAUGCUGUCCAAUACAGUAGCCACAUGUGGCUGUUCAAACAUAAAUUUGGAUGAAGUAAGAUUAAAAACUAAGUUUCUCAAUCACACAAAUCACAUUUCGGUGCUCAGAUAGCCACACGAGAGAACAGUGCAGCUAUAAGACAUUUCCAUCAUUGCAAAAAGUUCUGUCGGGCAGUGCUGGUCUACACUGACUCCAAUUUGUUUCUCAGAGAGAUCACAGAAAUUUGAAUA